GUUUUUAGUCUUGUGUCCCCGCCUUACCAUAAGGCUGAAUAUAUCAUUGAUCCACUUCAUGAAUGUCGAAAGGCUUAGGCAUGAUCAAUUAUUAGUCAACUUCCACACUCCCAAAAUGGAACAAUCCUCAGAUUCUUCUACGAUCGACCCUCGUCCAUCUUUCCUUACCAUUCCCUCAAAGCCACAUGCUCAAAUAUCUUACACCUUCUUUCCACAUGCAUCUUCCUCAACCCUCUUAGAAUCGGAUGUCCCGCUACGCCAUAACCUUGUUGUCUUUGUAAAUGGACUCGGUCUUCCAGCUUCUUCCUGGGAGCCAUGCAUAUCAGUUCUUCAAUCUCAUGUCAAGAAUACCCCGCCACUCUUGACAUUUGACCGUUAUGGACAGGGGCUGACUACUGCAAGAGAUCCUCUAGAUGAUGGAAAUGGAUACGGACACGAUUUCAUGGAUGCUGCAAAUGAUCUUCACGAAAUUAUCUUGGUUAUUGCUAGUACCAAACUGGGGCUUGAGAAAACCGAUGUCGAAAAUGGGAGACUGGGUGUAAUAUUCGUGGCUGCCUCAAUCGGAGUUCCCAUAACCCGUCUUUAUGUACAAUCCCAUCGAUUUAUUUGCGCCGCGCUCAUCGCACUCGACUCCAACAUCGCCAAUGUAAAUUACAGCGAUUUCCUUCCAGAUCCUUCAUCCCCUACUUUUGACCCAUCUACUGUAGUCGCGCCAGACUGCUCACUUCCGCAAUACAUUGGAGCACGCACACAAUUGAUAAAUGUAUUUGAUUUAUCUGUCCCAAAUUCCGAAUCUAUGGAUCGACGACCUGGACCAAAAUUACUCCCCUAUGCCGAUAGCCCCAAACUUAUUGGUGUGGGUGGAAAAGGUCCUUGGCUCACGGUUGUAGGUCAUGAUCCGGUUACGUUUGCGGAUGUAAGUUUGGAAAGGAUGGGAACACCUAAGAGCAUGAGUAUGAGGUUUACGAAUCCAUAUUGGGCCAAAUAUAAUGCUAGUCUAGUGAGUAUCACAGACGAAGAUCGAUGCGAGGGUGUGAAGAUUGCCAGUGGCUGUGGUCACCUUAUGCAAAUUGAUGAUCCAAAUUUCGUCGCUGAAGAAAUCAAGGUUAUCCUUGAAAAGUUGAGUUUAGUAUGAACGAGUAUUUAGAUUGGAUUUAAAUCAAUAAACAGGACUUGCUA